GUGUCUUCCCAGUGUCUCAUUGUGCUGCUGCUCCUUGCACGGGCAGGGAUUUCCUACUGGUGAAGGAGGAAACAAGAAGAUUUCACAUAUAUGACAUAAAGGGAACACUUCUCAUUGCAUCUCAACCCUUCUUUAAGACAAUGGACUCAACUACACGCUUAAAUAUGGAAGAACCUGUAAAGAAAAAGCGGGUGAAUAAGUAUAAGAUAAUCUCUGGGGUGCUUCUCGUUGCAUUGGUUGUGAUGUCACUUGGAUUAGGCCUGGGCCUAGGACUGAAAAAAGAAGAGAAACAACCUAUUAAGCAAUUAGUGUCAUGUCGGUACAGAUGCUAUGAAACGGAAACUGUUGGAGAAAAUGAUUGCCGCUGCGAUGCACAGUGCGUUGACCAUGGAAACUGUUGUUUUGAUUUUUCGGAUCUCUGUGUGAAGCCAAAGGAAGAGUGGACCUGCAGCAAGGUGCGUUGUGGAGAGAAACCCGUUAAUGGCAAUCAUUGCUCGUGCUCAGACGACUGCCUGACACAAGGAAAUUGUUGUACAAACUAUCAAGUUGUUUGCAAAGGAGAAACUGCAUGGGCAGACGGUGGCUGUAACAGCAGUGCUGCUCCACAGUGCCCUGAAGGAUAUGAUCUCCCACCUGUUAUCCUUUUUUCCCUGGAUGGAUUUCGAGCAGAGUACUUACAGACCUGGGGCGAUUUAAUGCCAAACAUUAACAAACUGAAAAACUGCGGAACACAUUCAAAGUAUAUGAGAUCUGUGUACCCCACAAAGACUUUUCCCAACCACUACUCAAUCGUCACAGGGCUAUAUCCAGAAUCCAAUGGCAUCAUUGACAACAAUAUGUAUGACUACAAUAUGAACAAAGCGUUCUCUCUGUCUUCAAAUGAGAAGUUUAAUGAAUCAUGGUGGCUUGGUCAGCCGGUAUGGCUGUCAGCUAUGUAUCAAGGUUUAAAGGCUGGUACGUUCUUUUGGCCUGGAUCAGAUGUUGCAGUUAAUGGUAGUUUUCCUACCUACUAUAAACUGUAUAAUGGGUCUGUUCAGUAUGAAGAAAGAAUACGCACCAUUCUGGAGUGGCUUGACCUUCCAAAAGACAAAAGGCCACAUUUUUAUACAUUGUACAUUGAAGAACCAGACUCCUCAGGACAUUCGUUUGGUCCAGUAAGUGGUGGGGUGAUUAAGGCUUUGAUACGCGCUGAUAAAACUAUAGAGAUGCUGAUGGAUGGGCUGAAGCAAAGGAAUCUUCAAAACUGUGUGAACUUGAUAUUGGUUGCUGACCAUGGUAUGGAGAAAACUUAUUGUGAACAGCUGGAGUUUAUGACCAAUUACUUUCCAUCCAUAAAUUUUUUCUACCUGUACGAUGGACCAGCAGCUCGUAUUCGUGCAAGGAAUGUUCCUGCGGAUUACUUGACUUUUGAUUCGGAAGGAGUUGUGAACAACCUUACUUGUCGGAAGCCAACUCAGCAUUUUAAGCCUUACAUGAAGCAUCACCUGCCUAAACGAUUUCAUUAUGCCAACCAUAUUCGCAUUGAUAAAGUUCACCUCUACGUGGACAGACAGUGGCUUGUUGUAAGGGACAAUAGUUAUACCUUUUGUGGAGGUGGCAACCAUGGCUAUGAUAACGAGUUCAAAAGCAUGGAGGCAAUCUUUAUAGGACAUGGUCCAGGAUUUCAAAAGGAAGUUGAAGUAGAGGCUUUUGAAAACAUAGAACUCUAUAACUUAAUGUGUGAUUUGUUAAAAAUUCAUCCGGCUCCAAAUAACGGAACCCAUGGCAGCCUGAACCAUUUACUUAAAGAACCUUUUUUUAAUCCAACUCCUCCUCAAGAGAAAUCCAAUCCAUUAACCUGUGCAUUUACACAGCCAUCUUCUACUUUAGGCUGCAACUGCACAGAUCUGGCUGAUCAAGCAGAAGUCAAUAGAAGAUUAACCCUCACUCAAGAAAGCAUAACUCAGUCAGUGGCAAAGAAUUUGCCAUAUGGAAGGCCCAAAAAUUUAAUUGUUAAUAGCACUUAUUGCAUCCUUCACCACGAAGGCUAUGUGAGCGCAUAUAGUCACAAUUUACUGAUGCCUCUCUGGAGUGCCUAUACUUUAGAACCGCAGGGAGACGGAGCGUUUCUUCCUCCUACGUUAUCAGACUGUCUGCGACCUGAUGGUAGAGUCCCAGAGGCAAACAGCCAAAAAUGCUCAGACUACAAGACCGGGAUGAAUGUAACCCACAGCUUCCUCCAUCCUCCCAACUUUAACAGCAGUGCUCUGGAACAGUACGAUUCUCUAAUUACAAGUAAUCUCGUACCAAUGUACAAAGAGUUUCUGAGAAUAUGGGAUUACCUGAACAAUAUACUACUACUAAAGUAUGCUUCAGAAAGAAAUGGAAUUAAUGUGGUUACUGGACCAAUCUUCGAUUACAAUUCUAAUGGACUUGUUGAUGCACCAAACCAAAUCCAAAGUUACGUUGAAGGCACUAACAUACCUAUUCCAACGCAUUACUUUAUGGUGUUGACCAGCUGUAAAAAUCUUUCUCAGACACCACUUACCUGUACUGGUAAUCUUGACGUCUUAUCUUUCAUCAUUCCUCACAGACUAGACAACACUGAAAGCUGUGCGGAUAACAAACCAGAGCAAGAAUGGGUUGAAGACAGGCUUAAGGCUCAUGCUGCUCGUGUCCGAGAUGUUGAAUUACUCACAGGUCUGGAUUUUUACCAGGCCAGGAACCAACCACUAAAUGAAGUUUUACAGCUAAAGACCUUCCUUCCAACUUUCAGUACUAUUGUAAAUGGAAUGUAGAGCAAUUGUGCCGCUAUAUAAAUGGUCUAAUUUUACGAAUGAUGGAUAAUGCUACUCUAUAGUGUACAUCCAAAAAUCCUGAAAAAGUCUCCUUUGUUCAUUUUCAAAUAGGAUCACCCACAAGAUAUGACUCCAUUAUGCAAAUACAAAGUUCAAUUAUUCUAUGCCCCACAACAUGCACACGUCCAGACUGUAUGUGGACCCAUUCAUUUCUAUGUAGCGUCGGACUGUCCCACCAGAGUACCAAAGGAUGCUCUGGUGGGCCCAGGCUCUUAAACCAUAGUGGGCCUCAAAGAUCCGGGAUUAAAAAACAUUUGGAGCUGCCUUUGGAGACAAUAAAUUGCCACCAGGGUCUAUUUAUUUGAAUUAAAACCUAUUAGACUUUUGGGGUUGGGCCCUGAGAAUAAUUUCCUCCAGUGGGCUGCAGAAACCCCAGCCUGACCCUGUUUCUAUGGGUCCCCCAAAAAAUAAAAAUAAAUGCUGUGUGUCCGCUCUGCAAAUGAUAGAGCAUGACCUAGUCUUGUCCAUAUUGCGGACAAGAAUAGUACUUUCUAGUAAUGGGAGUGAGAGAAAUGCAGAUUUUGCAGAUCCGUGGUUUGUGGACCACAAUACGGACAUAGUUAUGUGCAUGAAGCCUUAAAGGGAUUCUGUCCAGACGCGCCCCUUCUCCUGGAGCCCAGCACCGCCCCACUGCUAAUUUAUUCCCUCCUCAUUGCUGGCUGGCGCAUGUGCAGUGCGUCCUGUGGGGCGGAUUCCAGGCGCUGACAUGUGUAUCCACGCAAGAUUACGGCUCAGCAAAUGCAUUACGUACGGCGAUGAGGAGUGAAUAAAUUAGCAGUGGGGCGGUGCUGGGCUCCAGGAGAAAGGGGGUGUCUGGGCUCCAACGGCUGGAAGGACAGCCCCUUGGGCUCCUUACUCCAGUAAUUACCAUAUUAAUAAAAGCGAUUUUCUAAACAAAUGACAACACUCAGGGUAGUAAUACUAGUAUAUUUUAAUACAAAACGAGCAGACUGAUGUGAUGAUGUUAAAAGCUCUGUCACUAAAAUCCAGGUGACAGAAUCCCUUUUAUGUAAAAUAUGAAGAUGUAUAAUAUGUGUCUCAGCUAUCAGUGAUUGACUAAUCAUGAUUCAUAUUAGAAUAAGGCCUCAUGCACACGGCUGUUGUUUUGGUCCGCAUCCGAGCCUCAGUUUUGGCGGCUCAGAUACGGACCCAUUCACUUCAAUG